AUGCCAUUUAUCCAAACCGCUCCUUUCCUUGCCUUCCUGUCUUCCUGUCUUCCACCUCUUCAAUGCUUAAUAGCCCCCAUUGCUGCAGGAAUUGCUGCCACGCUCGCUGCAGGAUUCUACAUCAACGGCAAAUACCAGCUCAGCAAGGACUUUGAGAUUGUCAAAGGAGCAGCUAAAGCCCGUAGGAGAUUCGAACAGAGUGUUCGCGAUCAGGACUGCAGUCUCUACAACCGCUUCGAGGACCAGGCACACAGUCGCCCCAAUGCUGUCGCCCUGAGCUUCGAAGGCACUUCCUACACCUGGCGCGACCUCGAGAUGGCCAAGGGAGUCAAGGCCGGAGACCGUGUCGCCAUGAUGCUUCACAACUCGCCCCUUUUCAUGAUAACCUGGCUCUCGCUCCUCAAGCUAGCCGUCGUCCCCGCCUUCAUCAACAACCAGAUCACAGGACCCGUCCUCUUGCAUUCGCUCAAGGUUGCCGAUGCCAAGUUGCUCGUCUUUGACUAUGAAUUGGCCCCUGCCAUCCAAGAGUCCCUUCACGCCAUCAAGGAUCUGGGAUACGAUCUCUACACUGUUACGCCCAAGCAGCAAGUCCUGGGACAGCUUUAUAACCAAUUGUCUGAGGAUGCUCGGCAGGCGAUUGAGACGCCUUCGUUCUUUGGUUAUGUUGAGUGGCAGCACUUGAGCACCGAAGGAUUCCCUAGGAGCAUUCGUAAGCAUAUCGACAUGAAGGAUCCUGCGGCGCUUAUCUAUACCAGUGGAACCACGGGAUUCCCCAAAGCCGCCGUUAUGGAUCAUGGACGAUGCACCAUGGCGACGACAUCUUGGGGACAUUUGUGCCAAAUCAAGCCCGAGGACAAAGUCUACAUCGCCCUCCCACUCUACCACUCUGCCGGAUCCAUCAUCGGAGUGGGUCAGAGUUUCAUGACGGGAAGCACGAUUGUGUUGGCGCGCAAGUUCUCAGUCACCAACUUUUGGAAAGACUGCAUCGCCUACGACGUCAGUCACUUCCAGUACAUUGGAGAAUUGUGCAGAUACUUGUUAAACGCGCCUGAGAGCCCUCUGGACAAGAAGCACAAGGUCAAGCUGGCGUUUGGAAACGGCAUGCGUCCUGACGUUUGGAGCAAGUUCCAGGAGCGUUUCAACAUCCCAACCGUCUUUGAGUAUUACACCAUGAGUGAAGGUACUGGAGCUUUGUUGAACAUCGCCAGGAAUAAGAGAGAUCAAGGAGCUGUCGGCUUCCGUGGACCUAUCAUCAGGGCGCUGCAACCGGGAUUCAGGCUGGUGAAGGUGGAUUUCGACACUGAGGAGUUGAUCCGCGACAAAAAGACAGGGUUCUGCAUCGAGUGUGAACCGAACGAGAUUGGUGAGCUGCUGACGAUGGCCGACAACAAGACACACCACACUCGCUAUGUCGGAUACUUCAACCAGCCCAAGAUGUCGCAAGCCAAGCUGGUGCAGAAUGUGCUCGCCAAGGAAGAUGUUUACAUGCGAACAGGCGAUCUGUUGUACAAGACCGCGGACCAGUACUGGUAUUUUGCUGACCGUGCCGGUGACACUUAUCGGUGGAAGGGCGAGAAUGUGUCGACUGCAGAGAUUGCGGAUUCGAUGGGCCGUGUUGAGGGUGUGGCUUCGUGUACUGUCUAUGGAGUCUCGGUCCCUGGACAGGAUGGUCGUGCGGGUAUGGCGGCUUUGGUUUUGAAGGACUCGAUCAUCCAGCCUCCUACAGGAACUGGAGCAAUUGCUUUGGUGGAUGAGGCGGCAUUGGUGGAUUUUGUUUCGAGAUUGAGUGGAUAUGUGGGCAAGAGUCUGCCUUCGUAUGCGGUCCCCCGAUUCAUUCGUAUCUGUGAACAGGAAUUGGAGACGACGGGAACGUUCAAGAACAAGAAGGUUGAGUUGAAGAAAGAAGGGUUUGAUUUGCAGAAGAUCAAGGAGCGGAUGUACUGGUGGACGCCCCAGGGAAGGUACUUGCCCUUUGGCGAGGCUGAGAACCAGGAGAUCCUUGCAGGUCGUGCACGCCUCUAG